UUGAUGCCCACAGAACAUGUCCAAGAAAGUGAGAACGGACAUGCUCAAUGAAUGUCCUUUGAACGCAUGUUUUUAGUUGUGCUGUGAACAUGGGUGGAGCUCAGCAGCGAGUACGUGUUGGAAUCAACACUGAAUCGCCAGCAAAAUUGAGACGAGUAGCCAUGGUGCAAGUGAGUAUGAGCCAGUUUGGGUUCGCCGAAGACUCAGCUGACAGAGAGCAAACAUGUGCGACUUGGCCGGACCUUUGCAGCCUUCUCCGGCCAACGAGGAUCUCAGAAUUGCGGCUGCUAUGCCUUACCUGUUUGCGCAUGAGUACUAUCAGAACCCAUGGUUGGGCCCCCAGCCCAGGCCAACUAUUGACAACUUUGGCCUUUUAAAGGGAUUCUGAGGUGGAAGAAGAUCAGCGGCAGCUUCAAAGCCAGUUGCUUGCCCAAGUCUCUGCAUUCUCCAAGUAUUCCAAACCAUGCUCCCAACAGAGUGUUCUCAAGCUCAGCUGGGGCGGCAGUCGAACAUGGAACUUGACCAACGUAUCCGACGGCUGAAUUGGCAGUUGGAAGAGGAGCGUCGGUUGUCCAGUUCUGACCUUCUGUCAAAUGCUUGUCGGCCAAGGUUGCACUUUUUGAGGGUGGCAUGAAGCAGCUGUCCUGGAAACUCCACUUCCUCCAAUGAGGAGUCAGCGCUGACCCCGCGGCAGCGUGGGCUAGAGUAUUUUGGAGCUUUCGACUGCUUCGACCUGCGCUAACACUCCGCAGAGCGAGGCGCUGAGUCACCGAGCAGAGGUUCGGUGGAAAGAGCUUGUGACGUUUCAUGCUGGUUGCUGUGACAUGGCCGACGCCUACCAUGCACGCGAACAGUCCGACAAGCCUACCGGGCGCUUUGCGGCAUCACCCAGCAAUCCAGUCAGUGUGCUUGUCAGGUCAAGUGUGCGUGCUUGUGCAGCAUAAAAUUUGCCGGCGGGCCUUUCGAUUCUGCCAUAUACAGGACGCGUACCAAAAGCUGAAGUUGGCUGGCCGCGUGUCAAAAAUGGUUUGUGCAAAAGUGCUGAUACAGUUGAGAAGAUCCGGUUUGUGGACUGCCUCGUUUUGGCAGAGUAACCUCGAUUUUCACAAGCUGGGAGAAUCGCAAACCGGAGUUUUCUCAUGUUCGGAUGGACACCUUGCAUACUGGAGCCAUCCCCUAUAGCAGGGGAGCGGCGAUUGCUCCGAAUGUCUCUCACACCGAAUAGCGGGAGGCAGGGGUCUGGAGUCAUUAGCAGUUGUUUUCUUGAAACCGAUUGCAGCCCUCGAAGUUUGAGGAAGUUUAUCGCAAAGCACAUGCGGCAUUCCUGAGAGAGCAUCAGCGACGUCGAUGAUGGCAGUUUCUUUAGUUCCUGAUGUGGGUGACUGUCAACAGCGAGAGUGGGAUUUGCGUUGUUCAGCAUGUCCACUGGCCUCAAAGCUAUGGCCAACUGACCGAUCGGGGCCAUGUCGCCGCCGAUCGCUGACAAAGUAGCCAAAAAUAUCAGAAAUGUGUGCUGAUGGGUGCAAAGCCGGUUUGGAAUAAAUUUUUGGAAAGUCACGUGAUCGCUUUGCCAGCUGGAAUGUGGUGUGACCGCCUGCAGGUGGUGCUAGUGAUCAACGGCAUUGAUCGGUUGAUCAUGGAGCUCAAGCUGCCCCCGACAGAUGCCUAUCACAAGCUGAGAUAUUGCAUCGAGGACAUCAACGAGACGAUGGAGAAACUCUACGACUCGGUUGGCACGGAGGUGGACGACCGAGUCUACUUCUCCCCGUUGAGAGGGAACGUGUUGUUCAGCUCUGCCCAAUUUAGAAUGAUGUUCACCUUGGAGUCCUAUGCGGCGAUCUACGCCGAAACGCAUGGCUUCAGUUUUGACCAUCUCACCUUUGCCAAGUGCCUUUGGGGAGAUAUGUACUACAAUGCGGAGGACAACAAGUUCACGAAGACGCCUCCCGAUGCCGAACAGCCUCGGUCCUUCGUGCAGUUCGUGUUGGAGCCGAUCUAUAAGAUCUUCGCGCACUGUCUGGGUGAGGAGAAAGAUGAUUUGGCGCAAACCUUAGCAGAGGUGGGCAUCUACUUGCACAAGCGUGACUAUGAGUUGGAUGCGCGUUCCUUGAUCCGAAAGGUCUUUCUUCAGUACUUUGGCGCCGGUGGAGGCCUGCCAUCAUUUAUUGACAUGGUGGUGCGGCAUAUCCCCACUCCCAAGCAUGUUGUGCCCAGACAGGUGGAGAAGCUGUACUCCGGAGAUCAAGAUGGUGCUGUGGCGCAAGACAUGAAGAACCUGGACACCACAGGCUACUUGAUGCUGCAUGUCGUCAAGCAAUACCACCGGCCCGACUGCAAUGCCUUUGAUGUCUUCGGGCGUGUCCUGUCGGGCACCGUUUUUCGUGGAGAUCGCGUGAAGAUCUUAGGAGAGACCUACUCGCUGGAUGAUGACGAAGAUAUGGCCAUCAAGGAGAUUCAGAACCUUUGGAUCUUCGAGGGUCGCUAUCGUGUGGAAGUCAGCCACGUGCCAGCAGGCAACUGGGUCUUGAUCGGAGGCAUUGAGACCUGCAUCAAGAAGACGGCCACCAUCACCACAGCCUCCAACGAAGAGGAGGUGGAGAUCUUCCGGCCGCUGCGCUUCCCCACCACGCCGGUGAUCAAGGUCGCCAUCGAGCCACUGCAGCCCGCCGAGCUGCCAAAGAUGGUGGAUGGGCUCAGGAAGAUCGACAAGGCAUAUCCUUUGUCCCGAACAAAGGUGGAAGAGAGCGGCGAGCAUGUACUCCUAGGCACCGGCGAGGUCUACCUGGACUGCGUGCUUCAUGACCUGCGUAGGCUGUAUGGCGAUUUGGAGAUCAAAGUGGCCGACCCUGUGGUGGAGUUCUGCGAGACGGUGGUGGAGACGAGCUCCCUGAAGUGCUUCGCGGAGACGCCAAACAAGAAGAACAAGAUCUACAUGGUCGCCGAGCCUUUGGAAAAAGGUCUUGGUGAAGAUAUCGAGAAGGGCAAGGUCAACAUCGAAUGGGACAAGCGCCGUCUCAGUGACUUCUUCACCAAGAACUACGAUUGGGAUCUGCUGGCGUCGCGCUCCGUGUGGGCCUUUGGCCCGGAGGUGAAUGGCCCCAACGUGCUGUUGGACGAUAGCUUACCCACAGAGGUGAACAAGAGCCUUCUGGCCCAAAGCAAAGACAGCUUAAUCCAAGGCUUCCAAUGGGCCACAAAGGAAGGACCUUUGUGCGAUGAGAAGAUCCGCAGCUGCAAGUUCAAGAUCCUCAAUGCGCAGCUGGCCGACGAUGUGGUGCUCCGGGGUGGUGGCUCCUCGGUCGCCUAUUCGGCCUUCCUUUUGGCCACGCCUCGCUUGAUGGAGCCCGUGAUGUUCUCGGACAUCGAGUGCCCGGCCGAUUGCGUGGCGGCCAUUUACAACGUCCUCUCCCGAAGGCGCGGCCAUGUGAUCCGCGAUCUACCCAAGCCUGGAAGCCCCAUGUACUCGGUGCAUGCCUACCUGCCAGCCAUGGAAUCCUUCGGCUUCGAAACGGACUUGAGAACGCACACCUCUGGUCAGGCGAUGUGCCAAACCUUCUUCGAUCACUGGGAGCAUGUGCCGGGUGAUCCCUUGGAUCGAUCGAUUCUGCUGCGUCCACUGGAACCAGCGCCAGCACCCCAUUUGGCGCGGGAGUUCAUGCUGAAGAUGCGGCGGCGGAAGGGUUUGAGCGAGGCGCGACUCGGGUGGUUUGGGCGCUCGGGCGGUUUGGGCGCUUGGGUAGCGAAGCCCACCCACGAAAAUGGCGGUGGACCUGUAUUGGAUUCACGGGCAACGCACCGGUUUUGA